AUGUCUGCUGUCCAGUAUGCUGCUCCUUGUGCUCCACAAAAGCUAUUCCCAAAGUCCUCGUUUUCUGAGGACUUUAGAGCCAUUUUGGGUGGUCGGCUAAAUCAAUUGAUCUUGAUUACACUCGCCUGGUUCAAUUCAUACGAGCCGAUCACCACUCCGACUCAGGAUAUAACGAAUCUGGCUCCGCACAUUGAAGAGGCUAACAUCCUUCAAACCCCAAGCUAUCAGAGGCAGAACGCUGAAAAGCCAGUUUCAUCUUCAUCGCGCGUUGGAGCUAGUGGUAUUUCCGAGGAGAAUGGAAUUUGGGCAUCGUCUUCACCUCAGAAACUUCACGAGAUUCUUUCCUCCUACUGCCUUUUAUUACCUCAGAUGGUGAGUUCUUUAAUUAACUUAUUCUUAGAUAAUGAUUAUGAUUAA